CUGCCCGAAAUCAGCGACCUCCAUGGCCAUUCAUGGCCUACGAGAACUGUGGCAAGGAGGAACUCUUGAAGCUCUUGGCGCUCCGCGAUCGCAAGAUCGCUCGCUGUGAGUACGAGAUCCUCUCCUUGAAAGAGGAGUUGGGCCGAUGUAAAGAAAGAGAGGCCCUCUUGAAGACGGAGUUGGCCCAUAUGGAGGUUUUGUGUGAGGACGAUGCGUUGCAAGCACCCAAGCAGUUUCCACGUGCCCGCAGUGCUUUGCGGGACUUCGAACGGGAGGCUGGAAGCCCGACCCCUGUCUCUCCGCAGAACCAUCUCGAUCAAGCAAAGGAACGCUACGACCAGGCGGGUAAAGACCGGAGCAAUUACGUCGCGGCGGCUGAGGAUGUCAUUUUAAUUGUUUUUUCCAUCGAGUUCUAAAGGGGUUGUUUUUAGACCCAUAAGUGAGUUGAUAAUAGAAAACACGCCCUGUUGCACCCCUUGGGAUCUGUUGGUGCAGUGUGUUUUGUCCUUUUCUUCCUGCCGAAGCGCCGAUUGAAUCUAUGCAAUACCAGAAAGACAUUGGGAUUUGAGGCAUCUCGUCUUUUUUUGGGGGGGGGCGGUGUUGCGAAUUGAACGUGUACAAUUCCGACAUUUGAUGCGUUGAUCCUUGAUGCGUCAACGAGCCGAGCUGGCACCAAUCAAGACCUGAGGCGUUCAGACUGCUCCGUUUCCGCCGUUGCGGUCCGGUGAUUUCCGGAGCUGAGCGAAGCGAAGCUGGCUGAAGAGGACACCCUCCGACUCUUUCUCUGCGGAAAAUGGUUUAGUUGGAAGACUAGAUCUGUACAAACAGGCAGUUCUUCCUGUAGCCCCCACGUCCUCUUGUGUUCGUGGUGUUCGUCGAGUUUCGUGUCAGGUGCUCAGCAUUGCGAAUAAGGCGCUGUGAUGCGGUCAACAGUUCGGUGUGCUGUUUCGCUGUGUGCUGUUGAUUGCGUGUUUUCCAUGCAUCACUUGCUACAGGAAAACAUGAGCUGCUUUACUUUGCCCCGCUUGUGUGAUCUCUACUUCAGAAUUCUCUGGAGCUGAAAUAGUUGAUGUCCUGAAACAAGACCCAGAUCUAUGGAACUAUAUGAAGCAUCUCCACAAACUUGAGUUCAACAUCCUUUGAUUCCCAAUUCCUUUGGCUUACCGCUUCCUCCUCCUCCUCCCAGUGCAUGUUGUAUCAGAGCUGCCCCCAUACCCCAUGCCCCUCAGGCCUCUGAGGCAUGGACCCGGGUCACUGAAGCCUUGAAAGAGGUGCAGACGGCUCCCUCUCCUUAGAGGCGACGGCCUCUCCGCCUUUUCCGCGCUCGGUUGAGCGGCGACGAAGCGACGCCGUGGCCCCCGUGGUCAAGCGAGAAGACCCACCCGGGCGGGUCCCCAGCGGAGAGAAGAGAUGCGACAAAGAGACGCUUCGGUUCCGACGCAGCAAAGAGACGCUUCGGAAAAAGCAGGGAGUGCGGAAAAAAGGCGAGAGUGGACACUGUCCAUGCGAAACAAACGGAUUUUGUGGCUGAGCGGAGAUCAUGGUUUCCAUGCUUUUUGUGGAUUCAGUCAGUCCAGCAAUGUCGGCGGUUGAGGGUUCUGAC